CUGACAGUGGUUUAGAAUUAUCUUCCCAAAUUCGCUCAAAGGAUGAUCUUACAGAUUUACAACUUGUCAAAUCUUUGGGAAUCAGUACAACAAUGCCCUUAAAUGAUUUUAGAGCCAGAGAGCAGUUAGAACCACAGAAUGAAUGUCCUCAGAGGGAAAAGACUCCAACUGCCUCAGUAGAAUCCAUCCCAGAGGUUCUUGAAGAGUGCACUUCUGUAACUGAACACUCAGAUUCUGUUUCAAUUCAUGACAUGGACUAUGUUAACCCUCGAGGUGUACGAUUUACUCAGUGUUCUCAAAAAGAGGGAACAACAUUAGUCCCUUAUGGAUUGCCCUGUAUUCGUGAACUACUGCGUUUCCUCAUCUCCCUCACGAAUCCACAUGACCGACACAAUUCUGAGGUGAUGAUCCACAUGGGUCUACAGCUACUCACAGUUGCUCUUGAAUUGACUUGUGUGGCAAACUGCCCAUCUCUCUUAGGACUUAUAAAAGAAGAAUUAUGUCGGUAUCUCUUUCAAUUAUUGAACAUGGAGCGGCUCAAUUUAUAUUCAGCUUCCCUUAGGGUUUGCUUCCUUUUAUUUGAGAAAAUGAGAGAGCACUUGAAAUUCCAACUGGAGAUGUAUAUCAAGAAACUGAUGGAGAUCAUCACAGUGGAAAGCCCCAAGAUGAUUUAUGAAAUGAAGGAGAUGGCCCUGGAGGCUAUAGUUCAGCUAUGGAGGAUUCCUAGCUUUGUAACUGAACUCUACAUUAACUAUGACUGUGACUAUUACUGUGCUAAUCUUUUUGAAGACCUCAGCAAACUACUAUCCAAGAAUGCUUUUCCUGUUUCUGGACAACUGUACACUACUCAUUUGCUGUCACUUGAAGCAUUGUUGACAGUGACUGAUCAAAUUGAAGCACGGUGCCAAGCCAAAGUACUCAGAGGCAUAUAUCAGCAAGAGAAAGAAAUACUAAAACCAAAUGCAGAAAUUGCCAAUAUCAUUAGAGAAGCAAAAUUACCGGAGACAUGUUCAUCGAGUAAUGACUGCUUGGCGACCUCCCACUUGAAACAGCAAGACUGUUUGAAUUCAGAUAUGGAAAAUGAUACAGAAAAGAUCAUCCCAAGAAAGCCUACUCGAUUUUCCUGCUUCCUACCCAGAACACAAGAACUGAUAAUGAUUAAGAAUAAAAAAAAGCUCUUGAUAAGUGGUUCAGAGCACUUCAAUCAAAAACCAAAAAAAGGAAUACAGCUUCUUCAGGAGAAAAAUCUCUUGGCUACCCCAAUGGAUAACAAUCAAGUGGCCAAAUGGCUGAGAGAAAAUCCUAAACUGGACAAGAAAAUGAUUGGGGAAUUUGUGAGUGAUCGAAAAAAUGUCGAUUUGCUGGAUAGUUUUGUCAGGUGAGUAGAAAUGUUUCUU